AUCCUUUGCACACGGCAAAGAUAAUGGAAGUAAUAUAAGCGAUUCGGAUGGAUCGUCGAACGUGAUGGUGAAAAUGCUAGAUAAAUGCCCGGGACUGUACUGCGGACGCACGGUGCUUGCGAACGGAUCGCUCAGUGACUGUGGUGCCUGUUUGCGGGGGUACCGAGUGAACGAUCGGUACGUUUGCUCGCCUUGCGACAAUGAUCUUACAUCACACGACUGGCUGUACCUGGGAUUCAUGGCAAUCCUGCCACUGAUCAUCCACUGGUUUUGCAUCGAUUUGAACGCCCACCUCAGCAAGUUUACGAAGGGUGAACUGAUUCUGCACGCGAGCGCCUGCAUUGAGGUGCUGCUCUCCGCGUUCCUCACCAUCCUGUUCACCGACCCGAUCUGGGAGUUGAGAAUUAACUCAUGCGGCGUUCGCAAGCUCUCCGACUGGUACACGCUGUUCCACAACCCAACACCCAACUAUGAGACGACGUUAUACUGCACGCAAGAGGCUGUGUACCCGCUGCAGACGAUGAUCUUCGUGUUCUAUCUGUUCUGCGUCACGUUCAUGAUGAUUAUACGGCCCGGGUUGAACGUAAAGUUUCUACCGUACCGUGGCAAACUGGCCGUCUACUAUGCGCUCUACAUCUUUCCCAUCCUGGCGCUGCUGCAUGCCGUCGCCGGAGGGCUCAUUUACUACUCCUUCCCCUACCUCAGUAUCGUAAUUUCGGUGGUCUCGAAUGCGCUGCAUUUUUCUCUUAAACUUGACCCUACCAUGAAGUCGCUGCUGGAAACGUCUAUCACGCAGAUGCGAAACGCGACCAUUAUACUUGGACACUGGGUGCUGCUGGCGUACGGUAUUGUGUCGAUUCCGUACGAUAUAUCGUACUUUUCGUUGUUGCUCGUUCCGGUUCCGGCGCUGUUUUACAUCUUUACCGCAAAAUACACUCAUCCAGAUAAUUUUAAGUAAUCGUAGCGUGCCAUCUUCUGCGUGAAGACGGAAGCGAAGCAAUGUGUAUACUGUACUGAGUGUACUGUGAUCUAGUAAACUAUGUCUGUGUAAGUUGGGCGUUUUGGAUCGACGCCUGGUUUGAUUCUGGGCAAACCCGAAUUUAGAUUAAUGUCGAUAAUAUGAUGGCUUUUCAACCCCAAUUUAGCAAUGGACUUAGUAAGCGUUUUGAUUUAGUAAAAGCCUACAUAGAAUGCCUUGGUUUUUGCAAUCAAACAAGCAUUUCGAUGGCUUGGAUAACGCCUACUAGUGUUUUGAAAUAUAGUUUAAACCAAUGAAUCGUUUGGUGAAUGUUAUUUUAUAAACUUUACUAUGGUCACUGUAAUACGGAUUAAACCAACAGAUGACUGGCUUGAGCCAGGUUUGUUGAAACAUCAUUAACCAAUUCCAAGCACUACCUCGAGAUGUAAACAAUCAAUUGAUCAAUUGAUCAA